UCAUAUUUGAAUGUUUUUUUUUUGUUUUUUUUUUUAUACAUUUUUUAAAUAUAAACUACCUAUUUUGUCUGUUAUAAAAUAAGAAAAAAAUAUUAUAUUUUUAUAGUUUCGAUUAAUAUCAAAGUAAAUUAAUAAGUAUACUUGUAGGAAUAAAAGGUUUUUCCAAAUAUUGCCUUAAGACUUAGAUCAAUAGUCGGGUAAAUAAAAUAUGUAAACUAAGAUAAGAAAACAACGGUUACGAGUGUUACGAUAAUGAUUAAACAUUGACUUUAUUUUACUUAUGUUCAAAAAUUAAUUUUUUUUUUUUUGUUAAUCAUUUUAUGCAUAUUUUUUAUUUUUCAUGCAUAUUUUAACAUUUUAGUGCUUAGAUUUAUGCAUAAGUAUUUAAGAUUUUUUAGCGCAUAUUUGGUUGGUUUUAAUGCAUAUAAAAAUCUGCGCUCUACACAAAUAAAUCAUAAUCAAACGUUGAUUGUGUUGACCGUUUUUAUCUACAGAUAGUUUACUUAUCGUCUUGUUUAAGUCGUCUCUGAUAUACUUAUAAUAUAUAAAUCUCAGUUAUAGUUUUAUAUCAAAAAGUUAAAUUUUGGCGAGUUAUAAAAUUACAUUCCUAAACAUUAUUGCAGUACAAUGCUAACAAUCGCACCGUGUAUACUGUAUACCUGCACACCCGUGACUUGUUUUUACAGUUUAACCGUUUAACGUGUUUUUUUCAUUGUGUUGAGAUUUUUAUUAUUUUAAAUUUAAAAUCCAACGAUGGACGAUUUGGAUUUAUAUGAAUUGUUUGCCGGCAUGGAAGUCCUCGAACAAGUUGAAGAAAAUGCCAAUGCUGCUCCUAGACAUGAGCAUUCAGCAGUAGAUCCUUUUAUAGACUUGUCAGACCGUAAUUUCAUUAAAAGGUAUCGGCUGUCCAAAAAUUUGGCUAAAAGGGUUAUAACUUUGCUUACGCCUUUUAUGAAUGUACCGUCUACAUCUAGAGGACUCAGUAUUGAACGCAAAGUUAUUAUUGCUUUACGAUUUUUUGCUGCUGGAAGUUACCAGAUGGAUGUUGGUGAAAAUCGACAUGCAUCUGUGUCUCAACCUUCAGUCAGUAGGAUUAUUGAAGAAGUGACAAAUGCGUUUUCCAAUCCGGCCAUAUUUAAUAAAUUUGUUCAUUUUCCUAGAAAUUUCAGUGAGCUGGAUGAUGUGCGUACUAGAUUUUUUUCAAAGUAUGGCUUACAAGGAGUUGUUGGUGUUAUUGAUUGUACACAUAUUGCUAUAACUCCACCAAAGAAAAAUGAUGAGUUAUAUCCCGAACACAUCUACGUCAAUCGUAAAGGAUAUCAUUCAAUUAAUACUCAACUCAUAUGUGAUGUCAAUUUACGUAUUUUAAAUGUGUCAGCCCGAUGGCCAGGGUCUACCCAUGAUUCCCACAUAUGGAAUGAAAGUCACGUUAAGACAUUUAUGACAAGCUUGCAUGAUCGAGGUUUUACUUCAUACUUUUUGUUAGGAGACUCUGGGUAUGCUUUGCGGCCAUGGUUGUUAACGCCGUUUUUAAACGUCGAAGCUAAUACACCGGAAUACCGGUUCAAUGAAGUUUUUUGUCGUGCGAGAUCUACUAUCGAACGCUGUAAUGGAGUUUUAAAAAUGCGUUUUCGCUGUCUUCUCAAAGAUCGAACACUGCAUUAUUCACCCAACAAGGCUUCAAAAAUAGUGUUGGCAUGUGUUGUGUUACACAAUUUGUGUAUUGAAGAAAAUGUACCUUUAAUUAAUGAAGAGGUUGAGGAUGAUGAUUUUGGAAUUUACCAAGCUGUUGACAAUGAAGAAAUGUCACAAAGUAGGCAAAACCCGGAACUUGUGGCCGGCCUUCGUUUCCGUCAAAACAUUGUUAACAGACUUUUUACAAACUAAAAUAAC